AUGCUGAUUUCCGGAAAUCCGCUCGUCAGCGCCGCGGGCGAGGACAGCACUGAAUCCGCCGACCAUUGCUCACGCAUCCCAGGCGUCUGGUGUCUAAAUCUGGCAAGGCACCAGGGUGGUGCCACUGGUGUGCUUGAAGUACAGCUUCUGGACAACAGCCGAUUGCAGAGCGGCUGCAGUGUCAGCCCGUUGAUCGGAAGCUUCGAGCACUUCGAGGAACUUGGCGAAAGGACUGGACUUGCAGAAACGGCAGCUGCCAAAGAUACCAUGUGCCUCAUUGGAAUGUCGUUGAUGAUGCCGCUCCUGCCCCCAACAUUUCCAGCAUCCCUGAUUCCGGGCAUCUUGGAAUUGUGA